AUGGCCACAGACACCAAUCAGUCCCAAGAGGACAAGAUCAAAGAUCUACUUGAGGAUAUUGACCUACACAAAUUCCUGUAUGAGGAUCUCUUGGCGAGCAGGGGCGAUGGCGAAGACGCAGCCGAAAUGAUGGCGACCAUCAAGUCGCUGGAGUCCAAAGUCGCUCGGCUCCUUGGGGAAGAUGUACCUGAAGAGCCUGCGCCGACACAGCGUGCGCUGAUACAGCCUACGGCACAACCAACACUGCCACAGCCUGCCUCAUUUCAAAACUCGCCCACACCUGCUCACCAAUCCACUCGCAUGCCGUUGAAUUCACUUUCUGAAAGAUUCGGAGACUUUGUUUCACCACCACAUCGACCUCCUGUGCUUUCUGCUUCCUCCCUUUCCUCUCUACAGGCAAUACCGCAAUUUUCACCAAUGUCUUCUCCUAGAUCACCUCUACCGGAAAGCUCUCGCAAACGUUCGCGUCCGCUUUCUAGCAGCUCGCCCACCCUACCAGGGCCAUCUAAGAGGACUGUGCUCCCGAAGCCUAAUUCUCACAGAUCUAAACUAGAUGAUCUGAUUGCGCGCCAGGAACUCGUGCUUGCUAAGAAUCGGGCAUUCUUCGAGGAAAUGAUGCAGCCUGCCUCGUUGGCGGAAGAAGCUAGAAUGCAAGAAAAGCCCGUGGCUGAUAUUCUGAGGGAAUUCCGGGAAGAGUUGGAAGAUUCGGAAAGGGACAUGAAGAAGGAAUUCCAACUGGCACGCGACGCGGAAUUGGCUCGAAUGCUGCAGGCCCAGGAGAAUGAAUAUCAACCCCUUCCUCCUAGCACUCAGAAUCGGCCUUCGUGGGAUCUUCCUGAUCGCAGUCAUCCGGCCACGGUGAAGACGGAGGCUCCUAUGAACCCCUAUUCCCCUUCUCCCCGUGUCCCUGGUCACUACCCUUCUCUUGGCUCCGAUGAUGAUUUUCAAGAAAUCACUGCCGAUUCAUUCAACUCCCGAGCUGGCGCACCGCCAUUUCGCCAAUCUGGUUUCUUGAGCACCCUCGAUAGCCUCCACUCUGUAUAUCCCCCGAACCCGUUUCUUGCUCAGAACUACUCCAGACCCGGAUACCCCUUCCAACCGCAUCCUUCUCAGUCGCCAUAUGCACCACUUUCUCCAAGGCCUCUGCCUUGGUUGGACGAAUCACAUUUACCUCCAAGUUACGGCCCAGGAACCUAUGCGAAGGCUUUUGACUUGGUUCGUAACCAAGAAGAGUUCAUGUUCGAUGAAGAGGUCAACGUGGAGGCAUACAAUGAGAACGAGUUCCCUGAAGACAUUAAGAACUUGCUCACCGGUAUCAAGGACAUCAGCGAAGCAACCAAAGCAGACCAAGAUGAGACGCCAGGGGCACUUCGAGUUACAUUGAUGAAGCACCAGACGAUUGGUUUGAAUUGGAUGAAGGCCAAGGAAGAGAGCAACCACAAAGGUGGAAUCCUCGCAGAUGACAUGGGUCUAGGCAAGACCAUCCAGGCGAUCGCGCUUAUGGUUGCCCGCCCAUUCGACGACCCCGAUCGACGUCCUAAUUUGAUCAUUGCGCCUAAGUCGCUGAUGGAUCAAUGGAGACUCGAAAUCCAGCGCCACGUCAAGGCAGGCCCACAUCAAUUAUCGGUUCUGAUCUAUCAUGGAGUGAAGAAGCCUUGGCGAGAUCUCAAGAAAUACGAUGUCGUUAUCACGACAUAUGGUACGCUCACUGCGAACUACAAGACUUUACUCAGGGCAGAAGAAAUGGCAACGCAGGGUAAGGACCAAGACCUGAUUCGAGAUCUCAAGGAUACGGCUGGUCCCCUCAGCCCUCCCUGCAAGUGGCAUCGAGUCAUCAUCGACGAGGCACACAAUAUCAAGAACCCCAAUGCCAAAUCUAACAUGGCAUGCUGUCGCCUCAACUCCACUUAUCGCUGGUGCUUGACUGGCACGCCAAUGAUGAACCGUCUCGAAGACUUCCAAUCGCUGUUGGGAUUCCUGCGAAUCAAGCCCUACAGCAACGCGAACAAAUUCAAAUCGGACUUCACGAAACGCAUCAAACAGGGCUGGGGAGGCGAAGACGUAAUGAAGCAGCUACGUGUUCUAGUCAAAUCUGUCUGCCUUCGGCGUACCAAAGCCUCCAAAAUCGACGGACAACCGAUCUUGCAACUCCCACCAAAGGUUACAGAGAAGGUUCAUGUGCUGUUCAGUGAAAAGGAACGCGAGGUGUAUGACGAACUCAAUGCGAACACUCAACGCACGAUUAACAGAUAUCUGGAUGCCGGUACCCUGGGAAGGAAUUACGGUCAUGUCCUGGCUCUUCUUCUUCGUCUUCGACAAGCAUGCUGCCACCCGCUUCUCAUCAAGGAGUUCCGAACGGAAGGGGCUACAGCUAGCGAUCCCGGGGUAGACAAGAUCGCCAAUGCCAAACUCCUAACUGCUACCGUUGUCGAACGUAUCAAGACAAAUGACGGCGAAGAAAAUGGAACUUGCCCCGUCUGUAUGGACAGCGUUGGAAAUGCCACAAUCUACAUUCCCUGUGGACACCAUGUAUGCUCUGAGUGUUGGAUUCGCAUCAUGGACAACGCAGCCGCAAACCCAGCCGCAAUCUCGGAUGACGACGUUUCUCCUUUGAUCAAGUGUCAAAAUUGUCGAGGUCCGGUCGACCCCAACAAGCUCACAGAUACGGUUUCCUUCCAGAAAGUCCAUGACCCCAGCUCGUUGCCCGAAUCCGAAUCCGCCGAGACCGAUGCAACCAAAGACGCUGAAGAUGAUGAGGCUACAGCAAGCAGUUCAUCAGAAUCCGAGAGCGAUACUGAGGAAGAGGAUACUCCCGCAAAGAAAAAAUCCCUUUCUCAACUGCGAAUCGCAGCCCACAGAAAUAAGAGCGAGAAGAAGAAAUAUCUCCGCCGACUUGAAAAGGGCUGGUUCCCCAGUACCAAGAUUGAAAAAACGAUUGAAAUCCUCCAAGCAAACGAAGACCGCGGCCUGGGCGAGAAGACUAUCAUUUUCAGCCAAUUCACAUCCCUCCUCGAUCUACUGGAAGUGCCCAUCUUCCGCCGUGGCUGGAAUCAUACCCGCUUCGACGGAAGCAUGGGACUGAGAGAACGCAACAGUGCCGUGACAGCUUUUACCAACGACCCGUCUUGUAGGGUCAUGCUUGUCUCUCUCAAGGCCGGAAACUCAGGUCUGAACCUCGUCGCCGCUUCUCACAUCAUCAUGUUCGAUCCAUUCUGGAACCCUUACAUCGAGGACCAGGCGGUCGAUCGUGCUCAUCGUAUUGGUCAGGUUCGCGAGGUCUUCGUUCAUCGUUUGCUGAUUGAGAAUACUGUUGAGGAUCGUAUUGUCUUCCUUCAGGAUCAGAAGCGCGAGUUGAUUAGUGGUGCCCUUGAUGAAGGUGGUACUAUGAAUGUCUCCCGUUUGGAUGCUCGGGAGCUCGCUUAUCUCUUUGGUGUGCGUCAAUUGAACUAG